AUGACAGCAGAUGAGUUGGUUUUCUUUGUGAAUGGCAAAAAGGUGGUGGAGAAAAAUGCAGAUCCAGAAACAACCCUUUUGGCCUACCUGAGAAGAAAAUUGGGGCUGAGAGGGACAAAGCUGGGCUGCGGAGAAGGCGGCUGUGGGGCUUGCACGGUGAUGCUUUCCAAGUAUGAUCGUCUCCAGGACAAGAUCAUUCACUUUUCUGCCAAUGCCUGCCUGGCCCCCAUUUGCUCCUUGCACCAUGUUGCCGUGACAACUGUGGAAGGAAUCGGAAGUACCAAGACGAGGCUGCAUCCUGUGCAGGAGAGAAUCGCCAAAAGCCACGGCUCCCAAUGUGGGUUCUGCACCCCCGGCAUCGUCAUGAGCAUGUACACGCUGCUUCGGAACCAGCCCGAGCCCACUGUUGAGGAGAUCGAGGAUGCCUUCCAAGGAAACCUGUGCCGUUGUACAGGCUACAGACCCAUCCUCCAGGGCUUCCGGACCUUCGCCAAGGAUGGUGGAUGCUGUGGGGGAAAUGGGAACAACCCAAACUGCUGCAUGAACCAGAAGAAAGACCACAAGGUCACUCUCUCGCCAUCUUUAUUCAACCCAGAGGAGUUCAUGCCCCUGGAUCCCACGCAGGAACCCAUCUUCCCCCCAGAGUUGCUGAGGCUGAAAGACAUUCCGCAGAAGCAGCUGCGUUUUGAAGGGGAGCGUGUGACCUGGAUCCAGGCCUCGGCCCUGAAGGAGCUGCUGGACCUCAAAGCGCAGCACCCCGAGGCCAAGCUGGUGGUGGGGAACACGGAGAUUGGCAUUGAGAUGAAGUUUAAGAAUCAGCUGUUUCCUGUGAUCAUCUGCCCAGCCUGGAUCCCUGAGCUGAAUUCAGUGGAGCACGGACUGGAGGGUAUCUCCUUUGGAGCCGCUUGCUCCCUGAACUCUGUGGAAAAGACCCUGCUCGAUGCGGUUGCUAAGCUUCCCACCCAGAAAACAGAGGUGUUCAGAGGCGUCCUGCAGCAGCUGCGCUGGUUUGCCGGGAAGCAGGUCAAGUCUGUGGCGUGCAUUGGAGGGAACAUCAUCACAGCCAGCCCCAUCUCCGACCUCAACCCUGUGUUCAUGGCCAGUGGGACCAAGCUGACCAUCGUGUCCAGAGGCACCAGAAGAACAGUUCCGAUGGAUCACACCUUCUUCCCUGGCUACAGAAAGACCCUGCUAGGUCCAGAGGAGAUACUGCUCUCCAUUGAGAUCCCCUACAGCAGGGAGGGUGAGUUUUUCUCAGCAUUCAAGCAGGCCUCCCGGAGAGAAGAUGACAUAGCCAAGGUGACCUGUGGCAUGAGAGUCCUGCUCCAGCCAGGAACCACACAGGUAAAGGAGCUGGCCCUUUGCUAUGGUGGAAUGGCGGACAGAACCAUCUCAGCCCUCAAGACCACGCAGAAACAGCUAUCGAAGUUCUGGAAUGAGGAGCUGCUGCAGGACGUGUGUGCAGGCCUGGUGGAGGAGUUGCCCUUGUCCCCAGAUGCCCCAGGUGGCAUGAUUGAGUUCCGACGCACCCUCACCCUCAGCUUCUUCUUCAAGUUCUACCUGACAGUGUUGCAGAAGCUGGGCAAAGAGGACUCAGAAGAUAAAUGUGGUAAACUGGACCCCACCUAUUCCAGCGCCACCUUACUCUUUCACAAAGACCCUCCAGCCAACAUCCAGCUCUUCCAAGAGGUGCCCAAGGGUCAGUCUGAGGAGGACAUGGUGGGCCGGCCCCUGCCCCACCUGGCCGCGGCCCUGCAGGCCUCUGGGGAGGCUGUGUACUGUGAUGACAUCCCUCGUUACGAGAAUGAGCUGUUCCUCCGGCUGGUCAUCAGCACCCGGGCCCACGCCAAGAUCAAGUCCAUUGAUAUUUCAGAAGCUCAGAAGGUGCCAGGGUUUGUUUGCUUUCUCUCCGCUGAUGAUAUUCCUGGGAGUAACGAAACUGGACUUUUUAAUGAUGAGACAGUCUUUGCAAAGGAUGAGGUGACUUGUGUUGGGCACGUCAUUGGUGCUGUGGUCGCCGACACCCCAGAACACGCACAGAGAGCCGCCCAUGGAGUGAAAGUCACCUAUGAGGAUCUUCCAGCCAUUAUCACGAUUGAGGAUGCUAUAAAAAACAAUUCCUUUUAUGGAUCUGAGCUGAAGAUUGAGAAAGGAGACCUCAAGAAGGGGUUUUCGGAAGCAGAUAAUGUUGUUUCAGGCGAGUUGUACAUCGGUGGCCAAGAGCACUUCUAUCUGGAGACUCACUGUGCCAUUGCUGUCCCAAAAGGCGAGGCAGGGGAGAUGGAGCUCUUUGCGUCCACACAGAAUAUCAUGAGUACCCAGUCCUUUGUUGCAAAAAUGUUGGGGGUUCCAAUAAACCGGAUUCUGGUCCGAGUGAAGAGAAUGGGAGGAGGCUUUGGAGGGAAGGAGACCCGGGGCAUCAUGAUGACUGUGGCUGUGGCCCUGGCUGCAUAUAAGACUGGUUACCCGGUGCGCUGCAUGCUGGAUCGUGAUGAGGACAUGCUGAUAACUGGCGGCAGACACCCCUUCUUGGCCAGAUACAAGGUUGGCUUCAUGAAGACGGGGAAGAUUGUGGCUCUGGAGGUCGAUCACUACAGCAAUGUCGGGAACAGUCAGGACCUCUCUCUCGGUAUAAUGGAACGAGCUCUAUUCCACAUGGACAACAGCUAUAAAAUCCCCAAUGUCCGGGGCACUGGGCGGCUGUGCAAGACCAACCUGCCCUCCAACACGGCCUUCCGGGGCUUUGGCGGCCCCCAGGCAUUGUUCAUUGCCGAGCACUGGAUGAGUGACGUCGCGGUGACCUGUGGGCUGCCUGCAGAGGAAGUACGGAGGAAGAACCUGUACAGAGAAGGGGACCUGACACACUUCAACCAGAGGCUUGAGGGUUUCAACUUGCCCAGGUGCUGGGAUGAAUGCCUGAAGAGCUCUCAGUAUCACGACCGGAAGACUGAGGUUGACAAGUUCAACAAGGAGAAUUGUUGGAAAAAGAGAGGAUUGUGCAUAAUUCCUACCAAAUUUGGAAUAAGCUUCACAGUUCCUUUUCUGAAUCAGGCAGGAGCCCUGAUCCACGUGUACACAGAUGGCUCUGUGCUGGUGAGCCACGGGGGCACAGAGAUGGGCCAAGGCCUUCACACCAAGAUGGUCCAGGUGGCCAGCAGAGCUCUGAAGAUCCCCACCUCUAAGAUCUACAUCAGCGAAACAAGUACUAACACUGUGCCUAACAGCUCUCCCACGGCUGCCUCUGUCAGCACCGACAUCUACGGACAGGCCGUCUACGAAGCCUGCCAGACCAUCCUGAAAAGGCUGGAACCCUUCAAGAGAAAGGAUCCCAGCGGCUCCUGGGAAGACUGGGUUAUGGCUGCCUACCGGGGUACGGUGAGCUUGUCUGCUACUGGAUUUUACAGGACACCCAACCUUGGCUACAGCUUUGAGACAAACUCAGGGAAUGCUUUCCACUACUUCACCUAUGGGGUGGCUUGCUCUGAAGUGGAAAUUGACUGCUUAACAGGGGAUCAUAAGAACCUCCGCACAGACAUCGUCAUGGAUGUUGGCUCCAGUCUGAACCCUGCCAUCGACAUUGGACAGGUGGAAGGGGCAUUUGUCCAGGGCCUGGGCCUCUUCACCCUGGAGGAGCUGCACUACUCCCCUGAGGGCAGCCUGCACACCCGCGGCCCCAGCACCUACAAGAUCCCUGCGUUCGGCAGCAUCCCCACGGAGUUCAGAGUGUCCCUGCUCCGCGACUGUCCCAACAGGAAGGCCAUCUAUGCAUCCAAGGCUGUUGGUGAGCCGCCCCUCUUUCUGGGCGCCUCCAUCUUCUUUGCCAUCAAGGAUGCCAUCCGCGCAGCUCGGGCUCAGCACACAGAUAAUAAUACGAAGGAGCUUUUCCGGCUAGACAGCCCCGCCACCCCGGAGAAGAUCCGUAAUGCCUGCGUGGACAAGUUCACCACCCUGUGUGUCACUGAUGUACCAGAAAAUUGUAAACCCUGGUCUCUGAAGGUCUGA